CCUGAACCGGAUGGAUAACAAACGAAAAACCCGUGGAUUCUACUUCAAGUUUGGAAUGUACGAUCUGGCUCCUUUGAGAUAUACACGACUCUGCCAGAGCCCAAGGGAACUUCUUGGUUGGACCACGGGAUUUGAGUUUAUUUGAUUCACAUCAAACCUUCUGCCAGCACAAGAGCACAGAUAUUUGUGUCAAAAUUCCUUAGGUGAAAAUGACAACAGUUACUGAAUUGCACAGAGACAGGAGCUAAUCGGAACAGAAGCUAAACAUGACCUUUUAUUCUUGAAGAUUUCUAGGUUGAGCAGGCACACCUUGACUGGGGAGACAAGACUCAUCUUCAGAUGAAACGCAGUUUGACGUGUAAAGCUUUACUGAACAGUUAAAGAUAUACAGACUUCUACUUUCAAAAUAAAAUUUCUUCUAGUAAACACUCAGUUAUUUCUUCUACUUAUUCAUCUGACGUUUUCUAACCGACCCUAACUAAGACCGUCAAUUACGUAUUUCUUCCAUUCCCUCCAUCCCUUGAGUGCGGUACUAGUCGCAUGUAAAACAACCCUUGUUCUUGUCACCUUCCUGCUUGAAAGACAGUAUAAAAGACUCUUGCCCGUUCCGAAGGUCAAACAAAUGCGAAGCCAUUUUACACAACGA